AUGUGGCUUGAUAAGUUGUUGCAGUGUUUUGACCUCAAGGGGGUUUUCCUGUGUGUUUUCAUUUUUAUCAUAAUAGCAGACUACCUCAAAAACAGGAAUCCUCCAAACUAUCCUCCAGGACCAUUGUCUCUUCCUCUUGUGGGGAAUUUCUUCAGUGUUGAAAGGAAACAUCCAUACAUGUAUUUUACAAAGCUGGCUGACGUCUAUGGGAAGGUGUUCAGCGUCCGCCUCGGUGUUGAAAAGAUGGUGUUUGUCUCUGGGUACAAGAUGGUGAAGGAAGCAAUAGUGACACAAGCCGACAACUUUGUGGAUCGACCAUUCAAUGCAAUCUCCGACAGGGUGUACUUAGGAGACACAGGCGGUCUGUUCAUGAGCAACGGUGAAACUUGGAAGAAACAGCGACGCUUUGCCUUGUCUACCUUACGCAACUUCGGCCUGGGCAAAAGCACCAUGGAGCAGAGUAUCUGUGAGGAGAUCCGACACCUGCAGGAGGAGAUGGAGAAGGAGAAAGGUCAACCUUUCAGCCCAGUAGGCCUCUUCAACAAUGCUGUGGCCAACAUCAUUUGCCAGCUGGUGAUGGGGAAACGGUUUGACUACAGCGACCACAACUUCCAGACCAUGCUGAAAUAUCUCUGUGAACUUCUUAGGCUGCAGGGCUCUGUAUGGGGUAUGCUGUAUGAGGCCUUCCCUGGAGUGAUGAAGCACUUGCCAGGCACUCACAACAAAAUCUUCAGCAACUACGAUGCUGUUCUGGAUUUUAUUAGUCAGGAGGUAAAGAGCCACAAGAAGGACCUGGACCACAGCGAUCCCCGGGACUACAUUGAUGCUUUCAUCAUUGAAAUGGAGAAUCAUCAUGAGUCAGAUCUGGGCUUCACUGAGGCCAAUCUGGCUCUAUGCUCUCUGGAUCUGUUCCUGGCUGGAUCGGAGACAACGUCCACCACUUUGUUGUGGGCUUUGGUUUUCCUCAUAAAAUCCCCCGAUAUUCAGGACAAAGUCCAGGUAGAAAUAGACGGAGUGAUCGGACGGACCCGACAGCCCAGUAUGGCAGACAGACCCAACCUGCCUUAUACUGAUGCCGUCAUCCACGAGAUCCAGAGGAUGGGAAACAUUGUUCCUCUAAAUGGACUCAGAAUGGCUUCCAAGGAUACAACACUGGGAGGUUACUUCAUACCCAAGGGUACGUCCGUGAUGCCCAACCUAACCUCAGUGCUGUUUGACAAGACUGAAUGGGAGACUCCAGACACCUUCAACCCCGGACACUUCCUAGAUGCUGAGGGGAAGUUUGUGAAGAGAGAAGCUUUCCUGCCUUUCUCUGCAGGGAAACGUGCGUGUCCCGGUGAAGGCCUGGCUAAGAUGGAGCUGUUCCUGUUUUUGGUCGGUUUACUACAGAAGUUCUCUUUCUGUGUUCCUGAUGGAGUAGAGUUGAGUACGGAAGGAUUAACUGGAAUUACACGAGUACCACACCCCUUCAAGGUUUACGCCAAGGCUCGCUGA